UUUGUCUCAGGAUGGUGAAAACUUCACAUCGGCAGACAGAUUGUGCCUACAGCAGCUUUCUGACAGCCUGCUCGCUCUGACUGAAUAGCAACAAGAAGGGCAUGGCUGCAGGGCGUAGCAUUCAGCAAAACCAACCCAGAGGCAUGUGAUUGGCUUCCACAGCACAACAAACCAGCAAAGAAAAAAAUUGUUUUGAAAUAGGAAGUGUAGUUCCCUGACUGCUGAAUUGCAUGCAAUAAAACUGUAAAGAGGGCGGACAUCAGUAACAUUUCAGCCAGAAUAUCUGGGCAUUUAAGUGAGGGAAAAAACUGCAUGGGCAGGUGGUUGUUUUCCACGGUGGUGGAACAUGACAAUGUCAGGCCCAGAGGGGAACAGGGGCUUUUCCCAAAGGUCACCCCAAUCACCUGCUAAGCAGCAUUGUGCUCAGGGACACAAGGAGGUCUUCUGCUCUCACCAAGUAGACAUGGCUUCAGGAAGCACUAAAGAGCAGCCAAAGCUGUCUCUAUUUCAUGAGAUCCUGAGCAUGGUGUGGAACAUACUAAAAUAUUAUCUAACGGUUGCAUUCACAGCUUUGUUUAAGAUGUGGCAAUACUGCAAGGCUUUACUGUCAAUAUGGUGCAGUGUUCCAUGCAAUGGCCAUUAUAGGAGCCAGAGAAACCUGAGCGUAAAUGCAGAAGUUGACAUGCUGUUGUAUUGUGCUAAAAAAUGGAAAGGGGAAGCACUCCGAGCAAGACAAAUGAGGAAGGCUUAUGAAGAAGUAUUCCUGAAGUAUCAUAUUAAAAGUGUCCGUCCCGUUAAAGAUGAUAGCUAUUCUGCUCUUAGAGCUGUACUUUUUCAAGUUUUCAAUCAAGGAAUUCCCUUUCCUGGAUGGAUGAAAGAGACAGACAUUUUAAAGCUUCCUGAAAUACUUCUCUAUUCACAAGGAUGUAACUGGAUACAGCAGUUCAGUUUUGGUCCUGAGAAGUAUGCUGGGACAAAAGUUUAUGGAAAAUUGCGUAGAUGUUUAGAAGUCUUCAAAAAAGAGUGGACAGAAAUAUGCACUUCAAAAGACCCGGCUGAAAGAAGGAAGAUGUGUAAAGCCAUUUUUUCUGAUGAAAGCAAGGAGAACAAACUUUAUGAAGCAGUAAAAUUUCUUAUGCUGUAUUUGGUGAUUGAUGGUUAUGAAAACAUAAAGGCAGAGCACAACUUACCACAGUUCUUCAAUAUGCUUUUUUUAAGAGACACAUCAUCAGAUCCUCUUAGUUUUAUGAUGAACCACCUGAAUCCUAUUGGCGACACCACUGGAGUAGAGCAGGUUGAAAUGUGUUUGGUUGGAUACAUAUUAGAGGUAAAAAUAAAAGUGUUUCGUCUGACCAAGUUCAAUACUGAAAAAUUUCAAGUAUUUUAUCCUGAGGAUUAUAAGUGUGACUGGCAAGAGAUUUGUCUUGUAACUGAAGAUGACAGACAUUAUAACAUACCAAUUAUAGCCAGUCACAAUAACAAAGGAAAAUAAGAGAUUUAAACCAAGAAGUAUACUGAGAUCAGCAGCAGAGUGCCUACAAUAAUAACAAGUCUCAAAUGACUGAAGAGAAGAAAAAGAGAAGAGAAGAAAAAACUGAUUGAGGAACUCAUAAUGAACUUACUUUAAGCGAAGUGGCCAUUUGCAAUGUCAGUGGCUGAAAUCCACUGGCUUUUUUUUACAGGGAGCAGUAAAAACAUUGCAGUGCAGUAAUAGUCUUGGUUUUUUUUUUUUUAACAAAAUAAUUUUCUAUAGCUGUAAAAAAAUAAAAAAGAUACACAGCCAUUCUUGUUGUUAGGGAAAGCAGCAACAUUAGAACAUCUGUACAAUCUGUAUAAAUUGUUCUUGCAAGGACUGAGCUAACAUUGCAUACUCUGUCCAACCACCUUUCUUUUGUAUUCGGCUCAGUGCUACACUUCUUGCCUCUUUCAUUUCUUGGUAGAGAUUGUGGUAAUUAUAAACUUAACUUUGAUAUAUUUA